CAGAACCCCACCUUGUGGCUUGCAAGGCCUUGCCUCUGCCCCUUUCGUCUAUUGUCCUACCAUGUUCACUCUCAUGGCUGCGUCUUCAGCAUCGUCGUCGUAUCCUAUGAUCUGGCGGGCUGCCACCAACUCCCACCGGCGGGGAGUGAGGCAGACCCGCUGUCCUUCCUCUCUGUCCUGCUCGCACUCCUCUCCAAUAUCCUGCAUCAAUGGCGCAUCUCUGCCCCAGAGGGCCAAGCUGGACCUUAACCCUUCUCACUCGCUUCGCCAUCUCUCCACUUCCUCGCAGCGCCAUCACCCCUCACCCACCUCAAGCCACUCCGCCUCCUCUCCCUCCUCCUCACGUCGUCCUCCACCCGCUCCCUCCAAGCUCGCCUCAGGCCACCUGCCAAACAAGCCCGGCUCUGCCUUUUUGUCUGAUCUAGACGACUGCUUUUUUGACCAGAUGAGAGUGUGGAAGGAUAAAGCCGGGAAUGAAUUGACGGAGAUUCCCACUUUUAGGUUGCUUGAUGGGAAGGGAAGGGCGGUUAGUAAAGAGGCGGAGGCGAGGGUUGAAGAGCUCUCAAAAGAAGAAGCUCUCCAAAUCUACCGCUAUAUGAUGCUGCUCCCGCAGCUAGAUCAAGUCCUCUACUCCGCCCAACGGCAGGGCCGCAUCUCUUUCUGGAUGACCUCGUACGGCGAAGAGGCCGCCGUAAUUGGCACUGCUGCUGCCCUUUCAUCCGUCGACGAAGUCUACAGCCAGUACAGAGAGCUAGGGCUACUCUUGUACCGUGGCCUGCCUUUGGACCAACUGCUAGCGCAAGUAUUUGGCACUCACAUGGACAAAGGCAAGGCACGACAGAUGCCCACGCACAUUGGGUCCAGUGAGCACCACUUCCAUACCAUCUCUUCGCCACUCUCUACGCAGAUUCCACAGGCAGCAGGCUCUGCCUAUGCUCUCAAGCGUACACCAGGUAGAGAGGGAGAUGUCGUAGCCUGCUGGUUCGGCGAGGGCGCCAGUAGCGAGGGCGACUUCCACGCGGGACUCAACAUCGCAAGUACGCUCCACUGUCCCGUCCUCUGGCUAGCGAGGAACAAUGGAUUCGCCAUCUCCACACCCGCCACAGAGCAGUACCGAGGCGAUGGGAUCGCCUCGCGUGGACCGGGGUAUGGGACGCUUACUAUCCGCGUAGACGGGAAUGAUGUGCUGGCGGUCAAGGUGGCAGUAGCUGAGGCAAAGAAGAGGGCACUGCGGGAGAGUCGGCCCGUAUUGAUUGAGCUCAUGACCUACCGUAUUGGACACCAUUCCACGAGCGACGAUAGCGGCAGCUACAGACCGACUAGCAGUGUAGAGGAGUGGUCCAAGCUGGACAAUCCUCUCCAUCGAUUCCGCGCCCAUCUACUGUCCCGCUCCUGGUGGGACUCCUCUUCCGAAUCCUCACUAAUCGCUUCCCACCGCAAAUCCGUCCUUCAAGCCCUCUCGGUCGCUGAAAAAGCCCCGCAACCAGACCCAUUCGAGACGUUGUUUGAGGAUACGUGGAAGGAGAAGCCGAGGGUGUUGGAGGAGCAGAAGAGGGAGUUGAGACGAUUGGUGGAGAAGUAUGGAGAGGGAUGGGAGCCGUGGAGAAAGGCGCUGGAGAAGGUUAAGAAGGGAUAGGGAGUGUCUGAUUAUACGGGCGAGUAGGAGCAGAGGAGCCAGGAGCUCGCAAUAGAGCAUGCUAUAUGCCAAUAAUGUAUUGAUAAGACCAAGAAGGAUGCGUUCCUUCACUCCACAAUUGCCCGCGACUUCUUUUUGCCCUUUUUCUUCUUCGUCGUCACGACCAUAGGUGACGGUCCAUCUCCAGCCAGCGAGGAGUCUUCUUGUCCUUCUUCUCCAGCGCUCCGCCUCGAGCUCGAGAUCGCCCGCUCCACACCCCCAGUCUGCGUCUCCUCUGGCAUCUCUUCCACUUCCUGCCUCAAAGCGUCCGCCUCUCCGCCCUCGACCUCCCUUGAAUCAAGCCCAAGAUCGUCC